UGUUGAUGAUAGUUUGAUUGAUUGAUUGAUUUUGUGAGCUCUGAGGACGAACUCGUCUGAAACUCGGAAGAUUUUAAACAAGAAAACAGUGAGCAACCGUGUAUCAGAAUUGUUGACAUCAAGUUUGUUUCUUGAGUACAUCAUCAAAUUAUCAUCAUGCCACGUGGGGGCCAGAGAUCUGCCAGUCGGCGCUCCGACAUCAGCGACAUUGAUGCUGAUCAGCAAUUGGCCGAGGUGGAGUUGGCCAAGCUUCAGCGUCAGUACCGCAUCAUGGAAGGUGACCGUAACGCUUACAACAUCGAGUCCCAGGAUCUCAUCCGAAGACAAUUAGCCGAGAUAAAAACACUUGAAGCGGAGAAGCGAGAAUUAAACAAAGAUUUGCACCUGUCGGAAAGCCAGACCAAUCAAUCGAAGGACAACACUAACAUUGAUAGACUCAAUGAACUCUGCUCUCUACGUGAUGAGUACAUGCAGAAGAUUAACGAGGAGAAAGACAACCAGCAAGACAUCCAGAAGAAGACCCGGGCCAAGGAACGCGAGAUUCACGGCCAGCAUAAGGAGAUGGGCGGGGUCCAUGCAAGCGCCCAGCAUACGCAGAAGACGCAAAAGGCGAUACGCGUUAAGGAAAACCGCUUGCACCAGGCUAACGAAAAGUUUAACUCCAUGCUGACAGAGAACGGCAAGUACCGAGAAGAGAUCGAGAGCCUGCGAGUUGAGCGCACUCGCUUCGAGAACAUUCGCAAGAAACUUGAAAAGGAACUCGGCGAACUCCGCCAGGAAAUCGGCGAGGUGAUCGACCAAUCCACCCAGGCCUACGACGUUCGCGAUGAAGCCCAGGCAAAGAUGAUCCUGCUUAAGGAGAAGGCAGACAAGGACUGCGCCCAGCACCAACAGGAGAUGAAGGAGUUACAAAGAAUCAUCGAUCACGAUCGUAAACUGAGGGAGUUCAUGACCGUCAAAAGCAAAGAACGAGAGGAAGAUGAACUGCUCGUUGCUCUGCGUCAGAAAAGAGAGGCUGAGGAAGGUGAGAAACUCCGUCGAGAGAGACAGGAAGAUUCCAUCGAGGCGUACGAGGCAGCCUUCCAGCGUAUCUCCCAGAUCACCAAGGAAACGGACCUCAAUAAACUCGUCCACAAGUUCAUCCAGGUGGAGGAUCGCAACUUUGCGCUGUUCAACUAUGUCAACGAGCAGAACAAUGAGAUUGAGGUUCAGCAGGACCAGAUAGCAGAGAUCCAAGAUGAGAUAAAUGAGUUCAAGAGGCAGGGAUCGGAGAUGGAGGAGCAACGUGUGAGCAUCUUGAAGACACUGGAGGAGAAACAGACCAAGGCAGCCAAGGAUGCUGACGGCCAUGACUCCAAACUGAAGAGCGUGAAUAAGAUUCUGGACCAACUCAAAGCAGGAGUGGAGUCUCUUUUCUCUAAGACAAGCUGUGAUCGAUCAACCAUUAAUGACAUGCUGGGUAGCGCUGCCGGAGUGACUGAUGAAACCAUUAUGCAAUACCUCGGACUGAUCGAGCAACGCACCAAUGAGCUUCUUGCAGUCAGCAUGUAUGUGGACACCAAGGGAGCAAAGGAGAAGGAAGAUGUGAAAGUGCCCUCUAUGCUUGGCAAGGGGCCAAUCCCUCCUCCGCAACAGCUGAUGUUUAUGGCGCCCUCUACUGGUGACGACUAUGACAGCGAUCAGGGGUCAGAUCUCAGCGAUGAGGAGACACGGCCUUUGACACAGACCGAGCUCAAGGCUAGAAUUAUGAAAGGGGUCUUGAAGAAGGAGGCAGCGGCAUCCAAGAAGGGCUUCCAGUACGACCUUUCCGUCCCUAGCAAAGACAUGAAACAGAAACAAACCAUCCCAGACAAGAAGAGGGGUGGCAAGCGAUAGAUGGAACAGCCAGAAAAGGUGGCAGGUUACAGGCCUGUAUGCUUGGUUUUGGAAAGGGCAAUGGUACCAAAGCAUUUUCUCCUCGGUAAAGGG